CGGGCGGACAGCGACGAGUCGCCCCCCGAGCCUGACCCCGCCCCUUUGCCGAGGCCCCGCCCCCUCCAGCCGCUGCUGCAGCUGCGGGCGCGGAGGAGGCAGCAACAGGAUUGGGGCCCCCCCGGAGCUUUGGGCCCCGCCCAGAACGGGUGGGGGAGGGGCCGGGCCGGCGACGGGGAGGGGCGGGGACGCGGCUGCGCGUGGACUUCAAGGAGGACUCGGCCCUGGACAACGUGUGGCUCAUGGGCGGGCUCAGCAUCCUCUCCUCGGUGCCGGUCUCUGCGCCGCUCGUGUGCCUGCUCUGCGCCAGCAAAGGCCAACACCAGCUGGUGCUGUGCCAGGUGUGCUGCCAACCCUUCCACAGCUUCUGCCUGGGCGCGGGGGAGGCGCCGGGGCCGGGCCAGGCCGAGGGCUGGAGCUGCCGGCGCUGCCGCAGCUGCGGCGUCUGCGCCAGGAGGGGGCGCCACAACAAGCCCCUCCUCGAGUGCCGCCGCUGCCGCCGCUGUUUCCACCUGAGCUGCCUCGGCCCCGGCGCCCCGGCCCGCGCCCCGCCCGGGGACUGGGUGUGCUGGGGCUGCCGGAGCUGCGGGACCCCCGAGGGGGGGGAAGGGCGGGACCCCCCCUGCGGGCUCUGCCCCCCCCCCGGGCCAGGAGAUUUUGGAGGCAAUUUUGGGUUAACUUCAGGACUUUUUGGUUGA